UUAGUAUGGCCUAUUGUCAUUGACCACGUUACCGGCGAGUCCAUGUGCUUCAGGCACGCGAGUACCGUCUGUGUAAAUAGAAGCUAAUCGCCAUCUCUAAACUACACUCAUAAAAAAAUGGGUGAAUCCAAAAAGGGGAACGGUUCCUGGUGGCAGAUCCUAUUGAACGUAUUUCUUGUUACCUUGGUAACAGAAGAGAAAUCUGAAACGUCGGAAGAAGCUAUUGCAGAUGCAGACGACGACCACAGCGACCCUCUGAGCAAAGUCCGGUUACCAAGGGCACUGCCCUCCAUCGUCGCAAUCAAGAGAAAGCUGCCAAUCCACUGUUUCGAUCCCAAAGUGUCCACAUCAAUGUAUUACGCAUUUAAGGACGCAGUGCUUAUUGCCAUCAUAUAUGUGCUCGGAGAACUAAUGUGGAGUUACCUCCCCCUGAUUCCUUUCCUGGCCUUGACCCCUGUGUUUUGGUUUGUGCAGGGCACCCUUUUCACGGCUGUGUUUGUUGUGGGUCACGACUGCGGUCACGGGUCCUUCUCCCACCACGUCCUCCUCAACGACGUCGUGGGCACGGUGUUCCACACGUUCCUGUUGUCGCCGUACUAUAGCUGGAAGAUAUCCCAUAAGCAUCACCAUAAGAACACAGGGAAUAUGGAUAAGGAUGAGGUGUUCUACCCGGUGAGAAAAGGUGACAGCCACGGUGAAAAGACUCUACCUUGGUUUGGACUUGGAGUGGGAUGGUUCGGGUAUCUUAUUCGCGGCUACAAACCCCGCCAGGUGUGUCAUUUCAACCCGCUCCAGCCAAUCUUCUCGAAACACGUCAUCGCAUGCAUCAUCACGUUGGUUGCCAUGGCGAUAUGGUGUUCAUGUCUGUAUUCCUACGCGGUGGCGUAUGGAUUCUGGAAGUUGUUUUACCACUACAUAGUUCCCGACCUCGUCUUCGCCUCGUACAUCGUCAUCAUAACCUUUCUCCAUCACACCGAGGAUGAAAUCCCCUGGUACUCGGACCAUCUGUGGGACAACGUCAGGGGCCAACUCAGCUCCGUUGACCGCCACUACGGACUCGUUCACGACAGCAUCCACAACAUCGGGACUCACCAGAUCCACCACCUCUUUCCGAAAAUCCCUCACUACCAUCUGGAAGAGGCCACACAUCACUUCCGGAAGGAGUUUCCAGAUCUCGUGAAAUCUCACGAUGAACGCAUUUUGCCUGCAUUUGCCCGAAUGUUCAAGAAGUUCGUUAAACAGAGUGUGAUUGCGGAUGACAAGGAGGUCCAUCUAUAUAAGUAGAUUUAAGAAUUUAGUCAAUUUUAGUUAAUGCGGUGUGCCUUAUCAUUCCAAUGUUUUUUCUUGUCAGAUUAAUUUGUGUAGCCAAGAAAUUGACGUGAUUUCUUGAAAGCAACAUGGGCUGCAAUAGAAAAAAUAAUGUUGUUUCAUCGCCAUUCUUAGGAACCGACCUUUUGAUAUUCCGUGGAGGUUAGGAUUUGAUAUUUUGCUUUAAAAAAGUUGUUACAAAAAACGGAAAAAAUGAUCAGGUGAUGGAUACACACAACUAAUUGUUCACGAAUACGUUCAAUACUGAUGUUCAGUGGUUCCCGAAAAAAAAAUAUCGUAAAGCAUCUCCACCCCAAAUUAACUGCUGUCUGGUCAUUUGCAGGAGAAACCAAAAUUUGUGUCAAGGUUGGUGAGAAACAAUAUUUUUGUUGACGUGUCCUUCGUGUGAUAGUUUCUAGUCUGUUUCAUGUCACCAGGGACUAAACUACUCACAAACAGUUAGGGGUCACCCGGAUUCUUUCAUAUUUCUACAGCUAAUCGGUCAUAUUAACUAGUAAUAUGAAAGAAAUGUGUAAUCCUUAAGUUUUUUUUAGUAGUAUAUUUGGUCGCACUUGUUCUGCUGUUGUUUGCUGGGCGGGUUCGAAUAUGUGUUAUUGUUGGUGUGGGUUAGUUUGUAGUCUAUUUUUUUUAAGUAUUUUCCUCGUUUGGAAAGUUCAGAAUGAAAUGUGUCCUGGCAUUUCUCUAAAGUGGUGAGUGUGGGGUUUUAACGAAGCUAGUUUUAACUGGGAGAGACGUUUCGGAAUUGUGUGAUAAGUGCUAUCUAUUUUACAAAUUACAGUGAAGCAUCUGAUAUAUGUAUUACAUUUUGCCAUAUAUUUCCUUGUUGUACACGGUGCCAUAUUUUGCAUUAUUACAUGGUAACACCAUCGCCAAGAAAAUUUGAAGUCAAAGAUUCGUCAGUAUUGUUACAUAUGUAUAUAUAUAUAUAUAUUUGCAUUCUCCGAAAUUUGCCAAUCCGAAUUUAUUUUUGUGUGACUGUUGCCAGAGCGUUAUGGUUUAAAAUGUAAUUUUUAAUUUAUAUUGCCCUGCAAAAAAAUGAAAAAAACACAAAUUAUUAAUACAUGCAUUGUUUCACUGGAGGGACGUUUUCCCUUGUGGUGCCGAAGUCGCAUUUUAACCGAUGAGGAUGUUUGUAGUCGCUGAUGGUGUAUUGAAUGCUAGUCUUGAAUUAUAGUCAGAUACAUUUCCAUGGGUAUUUCAGAACCAAAGAAGUUAUAAUUAAUCUAUCCAUAUAUAUUACUACUAAAACAAUUAAGGAUCACCCGAUUCUUAUAUAUCACUGUGGCUAACCUGUAGGGUAUGACGCAUUUACUAAGUAACAAGAAAGAAUCGAUGGUCCUUAACAAGUUUUAGUAGUAUAUGGAAAAACUUACUGUGAUACCCCGUUAUUCCGGCCACAUGUCCUGGCCAUUAGGUCACGUGUUCAUACUGGCCGGAUUAACUGGGUAACACUGUCCAGUCAACUCCGGUUGAAUAAAUAUUUUGUCCUCAGGUUUUCAAAUAUAAUAAUCAACCAUAUCGAUAUUACUAUCCUAGUCAAUGUAUACAGCAUGUUGAGGAAUUCCACCAUUGUAAGGUCGGAAUUAUCUCCCGUCGUGUCACUGACCUUUGUACAAGAAGUCGGCCGUUUUGAUUUUGAUUAACACUGUGCUGGUCUGUGUAGACUGACGGCGAUGUCGGUUUUGCUUAGAAACGGAAUAUCAUUGCACUUUAACUUUUAUGUCUAUUGUGUGAUGGAAACAAAUGUUUUAGAAUUUGUUUAUGUUCAAUUUAUUAUUAUUGUAUUGUAGCAAUUUUCGGCCUUUUUUCUUGAGUCGGUUUAGUUCAUUUUAACUUUAUCUUCAAUGAGUUUAGUUCUACAUUUCCAGUGCCUAAGCCAGCAGAUUUCAGUAUUUUGUCAUGCAUACAUUAUAUCCCUUCGUCCAUUCAUUGUUUAUCUUCAUCUGUUUUGGGUGGCACAGUCGCUUAAGGCGCCGCAAUAAAUGUGCAGAGUUGCGUCCCAUAGGCGAGGCUGAAAUCUAUGUUUGUGGGUUCGAAUCCCAUUUCUCCAUUAUCCCCAAAGGGGUAAACGCCUAAGACAUGCAUCACUUUGGUUUGACUUAUGGCUCCCACAUCAAACUGACACACCAAAGUAUAAUGUUCAAAGCGGCGUUAAACCUUCCUCACUCACUCUGUAUAUUACUACGGGAUCGGGCCUGGCUGAGAUAAUGCCUAUGUGUCGUUAUUCUUUAACCGACAACCAGGCUACGGAUCGAUCUGUUACAAAAAAUACAUGAGUAUGUACGGUAACCGCAGAUCCGAUCGCACGACUUUGUUGUCGUCUCGGAAGUCACGUCAGUCAAGUUGUAGGCGUGACCUGUUGGUGUCACGUGACAUGAUUAUUACUUGAUCUUCAGUAUCGAUAAUCAUCAUUAUCACCAUCAUGAUCGACAUCAUAACAACCAUCAUCAUCAUCAUCCGCCCAGGACUGGCAUUGACUUUUCGGAAAUGCAUUGUGAUAAAGGUCCAUUUAUCUUCUAGCUGGAGUGGGUGUGAUUGCUCAUCGAGAUGGUAAAGAGUGACCCGUUCUAAGCAAUACGUUUCAACCUGUCUACAAGAUAGAGCAAUAAAAAAUGUUUUGACCUGACAGUUAAUUUAUAUUAUUUUAACGAUAGGUGUGUAAAGUGUACAGACAGUCUUUUGAGACGUCGCAUCUCUGUGGAGAAAGGGGCGGUCGGGUAGCCUAGUGGUGAAAGCUUUCGUUCGUCACGCCGAAGACCCGGGUUCUAUUUCCGACAUGGGUACAAUGUGUGAAGCCCAUUUCUUGUGUCCCCCGCCGAGAAACUGCUGGAAUAUUGCUAAAAGCGGCGUAAAACCAUACUCACUCACUCACUCUGUGGAGAAUGUUAUGAUCGUCAGUUCGAAUCCCAUACCUGUGCCCGUGAGUUUCACCAACGCGGUAAACGUCUGAUACCUGCAUCACGUCGUCCCACGUCAGGCUGGCGGGGCGUGAUAAGCAGGAAUACUGUUACCAGUUCGGAUCCCAGGCUCUGCAUCAUAACGUGGCAUCAGGAAUUAAAUACUUCCGGGUUCCACCACCUGCGUUGCUUCGGACGUAGGCCAUUCAACGUCGAGCUGACAUGUCGUGAUAAAAUACAACACUGUUCAAAGCGGCCUUUUACUCGGAGGGCGGUCGGGUAGCCUAGUGGUUAAAGCGUUCGCUCGUCACGCCGAAGACCCGGGUUCGAUUCCCGACAUGGGUACAAUGUGUGAAGCCCAUUUCUGGUGUCCCCCCGCUGUGAUAUUGCUGGAAUAUUGCUAAAAGCGGCGUAAAACCAUACUCACUCACUUUAUACUUGGCUAACUCAUACACGAGGGCCGCUGGGAUGCUCUUGGUUACAGCGUUCGCUCCUAGGUCUAGGUUCGAUGCUCAUGUUAAUACGUCAGCUUGGGUUUUGCUAGAAGUUCAUCGAAAGCCGCGUUUUGUCCUGUCAUUCAUACUGUUAUGUUUGUUGUUUAACGCCGCAGCCUGCAACAUUCCAGCUAUAUGACGGCGGUCUCGAGUCUGGACCAGACAACCCAGAGAUUGUUAUCAUGAGCAUCGUUCUACGCAAUUGGGAUACGAUGAUGCUGCAUUAAGUAAGUCAGCGACCCUGACCACCCGAUCCUGUUAGUCGCCUAUUGUCGUUUUGUCGCCUUUCACGUCAAACAUGGGUCCCUGAAGACCUAUUCCAACCCGGAUCUUCACGGGUCACAUCCUUCAAUUGAAUUAAUCGGUAAAGUUAACUCCUAGGAGGCAGAGAAGACACGGAUGCUCUCCCCUCGUCACCGCCUUCAUCACGUCCUUCGUGUUCUCCUUCCUCCUGCGCCUACUUGUGAUGAUGCAAGAUGCAGAUGUCGGCCACAUUCUGUCAAUCGCCGUACCAUCAGAUAAUAUCGACACAUCACACAUACAUAUCAGAUUUAGCUGUUUGGCCAUCUCAUUGUCUCAUCUCAUGUGGGUCUAAAAUUUAGUAUACUACUCAAAAGAAGUAAAGGACCACCCGGUUGUGUGUGGCCCUUAACUUCUUUUGGGUAGUAUGUAUGCAGCUAUUCGCCCAUUUCAUCCUAUGUUCUUAAACACUGGGGACAAACUAACGUAUUUCUCGAAUAAGAUAUCCUGUUUGAAACCAAAUGUUUGUGUACCCUGCUGUGAUAUUGUUUGGAUGUUGUUCAACACAGCGUCGCACUAUAUUCACUGUUCGGCCAUUCAACUCCUAUGUCUUAUGCAUAUCAUGUGUGAGUUGAGCUGUUGUUAUCCCAUUAACCUACAGGAAUAAACGUGACCAACAUUC